ACCACUGCCUUUUGUUGUGAUUGUGAUUAGCGCUGAAUGGAAAACAUGUGGACGGGAGCAAAUUGGAGAUUGGAGUUGAUUUCUUGCGAGAAUUUGUGACGGGAAGACGAAAAAUUCAAAACUAAAGAAGGAUUUUGCUGAUUUCUUGAGGUACGAAGCUGAAUAUUUUAAAAUGAAACUUACCCGAGAUGCAAGCUUGGUUUGGAAACAUCUGACGGGUAUCGUGUGUCUGUACAAGCCACCAAGAAAGUCAGUUGCAGUAGUCAAACACACAAUAAAAAGUCACUUAUGCAGAGAUCUAAAUCAAAUGAAGGUCCGGCCUCCUACUCCAUAUAUUAUGAUUGAAAGUGAGCUAAAGGAUGUACCUGCGGAAAAGACUAAGUCUAAAAGCGUAAUCAAAGUCAUCCCAAGCUACGCGGACAACGUUCUUGUCACUGGACCUCGCUAUGUUACUGAAGAAAUAAGGGGCCGGAUGGUUCAUGAACUCGGUUACAGGUCUUCUGGACUCUUGCUACUGGGCAUUAACGGAGGGUGCAACGAAGUGAAAAACAAGACCUUCCACCAGUUAGUUCGAUGUUAUCAAGUGGGUGUGCGGCUUGGCCUGGAAACCGAUUCUGGAUGGUUUGAUGAAGGAAGAGGAAAAGCCAAGGCCAGUUUCAAGCAUGUGCCUCCACAUGCAGUUACAACAGUUUUAGCAUCAAUGCAAGCCGCGCAUACAAAAUGUGCUUUUGAUUUGGCUGGAGUUCUGCCAGACAGCCAGGAAGCCUAUGAAUUGGCGUUGCAGGGAGCCAUCAAACCAAAAACCACAGGGGGCUGUGUAAUUUACAGCGCCCGUCUCUUGGACUUCAGACUUCCGGAUUUUACUAUAGAAUUGCACACCCUGAAUGAGACUGAAGACUACUUUUUAUCCAUGGUUGAAUUGCUAGGGAUAAAACUCCGCAGCGCCGCAACUACUACUUCAAUAAAGUGUGUGCAAAUCGGGAACUUUGGCGUCGAGCAUGCCCUCAGCAGCGCUGAUUGGGACCUGCAGCAUAUCCUGAAAAAUAUGAAGCUGUGUAGUAAACUGGUGAAGGAAAACAGUGACAUUGUGCCCAAUCUAGACGAGGAAAGGCUUGACGUGACUGGGAGGAAUAUUUACCAAGAUAAAGCAGCCAAUAAUUAGUUUGUGGAGCAUUAAUUUAUGAAAUUAGCUGUCUUAUAACCAAUAAAAAUAUACCUUUAAUGGUUUUUUAAA